GGUUGUGUGGCUCGUUGCAAUUCUGUUAUUUUAAUUAGCAGUCUAACACUUUUAGUGUCAGUUGCUCUGUGUUGUGUUGUGUUCUUCUAAUGGCAGAUAUCUCCCCCCCCCUCCCCCUCCCCUCUUCAGGGUCAGUUUCUUAUUUCUUAGCAACUAGCUCCGCUUUAGUGACUGUGAUGUCUUUAAUCUCCGCACUACAACGUUUACACGGUCUAACACCGCCAUCUGCAGCCAUAAACGGCAAGUGUGAUGUUUGUUUUAAAUUACUUCUUUCAUAACUCUGUAGUCGUCCUGUCGUUGAAUUCUGGAGUCUUCUCUAUUCUGUUUAAAAAAAAGUCAAAGAGACAGACCCCAACUACGGACAGGGAGGAGCCGUGAGAGACGGAACACUCGCAGAGGGAAGUAACAGGGAGACGGAAAGAAGAAAGAGCCAGAGCAAGAAGCUGAGUGUGAGAGGGAAGAAGAGAGAGAGGUCCAAGGAUCAGGGUUGGAGAGUUUGGCCUUUUUUGCCCUGUGGAGCAGCUGAGAAGUCCAGGUCUUAGUGGAGGAGCUUCAGAUCUCAAUCAUCAGUGGUCUGUUCUUGCUGGGCUUCUGACUGCUACGGUUCUGAGGAUGGCAGCAAAGUGGUUGCUGGGAUGUGGACUGGUUACGCUGCUGUGUCAGGUUUGGAGCUUUGCCGAGUCACACAGUGAAAACAAGCUGCCUCUUCGGUCUCUCCAUCCCUGGAGAAAGUUGAAUAGUGGAUUGGUCAGGAUGAAGAGGGACUGGAUCAUCCCACCUAUCAGAGUGCUAGAGAACAGCAAACAGGUUCCUGAAGAUCUAGUCCAGAUCAAAUCGGACAAAAUCUUUACAGGUGAGGUGAUCUACAAGUUGGAAGGGCCAGGUGUGGACCAGGAACCGAAGAACCUGUUUGAGAUUGAUGAUAAGACGGGAGUGAUCAGGAGCAAGCAGCCGCUGGACCGGGAGAAACACAAGAGUUUCACACUGAAAGCCUUUGCACUCUCACCCAGUGGAGAGAGACUGGAGAAUCCCACCACUAUAGAAAUCAUGGUUCUGGAUCAGAAUGACAACAGACCUUCCUUCACCCAGAGCCAGUUUGAUGCUUCUCUCCCUGAGUUUUCAAUUCCAGGCACAUUAGUGAUGACAGUUUCAGCCACAGACAAGGACGACCCAAUGACGGAUAACGCUAUACUGAGCUUCUCUAUCAUUGGUCAGGAGACCAUUCCUCCCAACGCCGUCACCAAGACCAUGUUUGGUAUCAACAGCCUGACGGGAGCCAUCUACCUGAAAGAAGUGGGUCUGGACAGAGAGGUGGUGAAAGGUUUUAAAUUAAAACUGCAGGUUGCUGACAUGGGGGGCAUGGGCCUCACAAGUGACGGCUUGGCUGUCAUCAAUGUGUCUGACAUCAACAACCACGCACCGCAGUUCAACCCCGACACAUACAGCGUGGCUGCUGUGGAGAACAGGAAGGACUACGAGAUCUGCCGGGUGAACGUGACAGACAAAGACGAGCCCGGAACAGGAAACUGGGAAGUCAAAUAUUCAAUUUCCAAUGAUCCCAAUGGGAAUUUUGCCAUCGCCACACAUCCUACAACCAAUCAGGGAAUACUAUCAGUAGUGAAGCCGUUGGAUUAUGAAUCUCAAAGUAAUCACGUCCUGAUUCUAAGCGUGGAAAAUAUAAACAAAAUGAGCACCAAGACUCCUAACCUGCCAGUGAGCUCGGCUACAGUGGUGGUGACGGUGGUGAAUGAGAACGAAGCUCCACAUUUCACUGAAGACCCCAUCCAGAUAGUGGUCUCUGAGUCGGUUCUGCCAGGAACGCUGCUGAAGAGCGACAUCGCCUCUGACCCUGAUCAUUCUGAACUGAGAUACGAGAUGAUCCUUGAUCCAGAGCGCUGGUUGGACAUCAACAGUGUCACAGGUGACAUUUCAUCUAGGAGAAAGUUCAACAUGAGAUCUCCACACGUCCAAAACCAGGUGUACAGCGCUGUGGUAAAGGUCACAGAUGCUGUCGGAGUGUCGACCACGGCCACAGUCUCCAUCACAUUGAAGGAAACCAAUGACUUCCCUCCUCAGAUCUUGCCUCUUACUGGGACUGUGUGUGAGGGCGCGGCGCUGACUGUGACUGCGGUCGAUGAAGACUUCCCUCCACACUCCUCACCGUUCAAAUUUGAAAUUUAUGAUGAUCAGUUAGCCAACUGGACCGUCACCCAGAUUAACGACACUCACGCUAAGCUUUGGCCCCUGGUGAAGCUGGAGGCCGGAGAGUACACGGUCCAUGUGCUGGUUUCUGACUCGGGCAGUCCAGUCAUGAGUUCUUUUGCUGCGGUCAACAUCACUGUGUGUCUGUGUGACUUCUUCGGAGACUGUAAAUCAGAGGCAGGGGCUGUGUACGGCUCCAGUGUUGGAAUCAGUGUCAUUUUUCUCACUCUCAUCAUGGCCAGUGUUGGUCUCUUACUGGUGCUCCUCCUGCUGGCCGUGGUUGUGACGAGCUGUAGGAGACGCCACCAUAACAAGAAAGGAACAGGUCUUCUCAUUGGAGAAUCAGAAGACGACAUAAGAGAUAACGUCAUCAACUACAACGAGCAGGGAGGUGGUGAGGAGGACGAGAAUGCUUUCAACAUUGACAUACUGUGGAAUCCCCGUGACGUGCCUUCAACACCGGGCUCCUACCGCCCAGAGUCAUAUGUGCCUCGAGGCAAACAGCCUCUCAGGAUGGAUGCCCCACAUAAUCUGCCCUCCCCUAUCUACCCAAGGAGGCCUCCGGCAGACCCCACUGACAUUGAGGACUACAUCAAUGAAAACCUUGAAGCAGCAGACAACGAUCCGAACGUUCCUCCGUACGACACUGCUCUGAUCUACGACUAUGAAGGCGAGGGCUCUCUGACGGGCAGCCUGAGUUCCAUCGCCUCCAGCAGCUCUGACGCAGACCAGGACUACGACUACCUCAAUGACUGGGGACCACGCUUUCAGAAACUGGCCAACAUGUACGACCCACGAUAAGGUGGACGGUCCCCUGACAGAAGGAAGGUUCACAGCCAGUGAGAGACACUGAUCCCACUGAGGGUCUGUGUCUGGACACAUUAGGGAAGAUUUUAAAACGGUGAAGCACAAGAUGG